AUGGCUUGCGACUACCAAUACGUUAAGGAGCACACGAGGGAGGAUUAUGUCUUUCCCUCGCACCGCUUCCAGCAAUCAUGCCCUCCAGACAAAACUCCGCUAUGUCUCGUUGCUUGCGGCUCUUUCAGCCCAAUCACGUAUCUCCACCUUCGGAUGUUCCCCAUGGCUCGGGACCAUGCUCACAAUGAGAAUUUCGAAGUUGUUGCAGGUUUUUUGAGUCCUGUCAGCGAUGCCUACAAAAAGAAGGGCCUUGCUCCUGCUCAUCAUCGGAUUGAGAUGUGUAGGCUUGCGACCGAAAACAGCUCUAAGUGGCUAAUGGUCGACCCCUGGGAAGCUGAGAGCCCAACUUACAUCCCAACUGCCAAAGUGCUUGAUCACUUUGACUAUGAGAUCAACGAGGUCAUGGGCGGUGUUGAAUGCACUGACGGAACUCGAAAGCGCUGCCGCAUUGUGCUUCUUGCUGGCCUCGAUCUAAUCCAGACCAUGUCGACUCCUGGGGUGUGGGAUGAACGUGACCUUGACCACAUCCUGGGCAACUAUGGCGUUUUUGCUUUGGAGCGUACAGGAACUGAAAUUGAUUCAACCCUGGCAAAUCUGAAGCAAUGGGAGAAGAAUAUUCACAUAAUUCGUCAGGUCGUUACCAAUGACAUCAGUAGCACCAAGAUUCGCCUAUUACUCAAACGUAACAUGUCGAUUGACUACUUGAUUCCUGAUCUUGUAGUGAGUUACAUUUUCGAGAAUAAUCUUUAUCGCGAUCUCGAUAUGCCGGACUCGAAGGGCAAGGAGAACGCCAUCACGAAUGGGCCCGAUGCCGGCACCAGCACUGGUUGA